AAGGAGUAUUCGGGUUACAUUUAUGGGCCUUCUAAAACCCACUCGGACCCAAAUUAGUUCCCGAGGGAAAGCGUUCUUCAAUUCCAGAGCUGGAGCUUCAUUUCGGAGUAACACUGCAAAGUACAAACAUCAAACACCUUCUCUGCACACAAAAUCUAGAAACCAGAAAGAGAAUCGAAGAUGCAGAGGUUCAAAGCUCUGCUUCCGCAAACUAGGUUCUCACUUCGCACUCUCUGUUCUCAUCGUCGAACAUUCUCUGCUCAACCAAAUUAUGCAGAGCACCACGACGACGAUUCUCAGCAACAGAUUUUAGUCGAAGGAAGAGCGAAAUCGCGAGCCGCUAUUCUCAACAGGCCGUCUUCGCUGAACUCGCUCACUGCUUCAAUGGUUGCUCGAUUGAAGAGGCUGUAUGAUUCCUGGGAAGAGAACUCUGAUAUUGGUUUUGUUUUGAUGAAGGGUAGUGGUAGAGCUUUUUGUUCUGGUGCCGAUGUUGUUAGGCUGUAUCACUCACUCAAUGAAGGAAAUACUGACGAAGCUGAACAAUUUUUCAAAACAUUAUAUUCAUUUGUAUAUCUUCAAGGGACAUAUCUUAAACCACACGUUUCCAUUUUGGAUGGAAUAACAAUGGGAUGUGGAUCUGGAAUUUCUCUACCAGGGAUGUUCCGCGUGGUAACUGAUAAAACUGUUUUUUCUCACCCAGAGGCUCAAAUAGGUUUCCACCCAGAUGCUGGAGCUUCUUAUAUUUUGUCUCGUCUACCUGGCUACUUGGGGGAAUACUUGGCCCUUACAGGAGAUAAGCUUAAUGGUGUUGAAAUGAUUGCCUGCCGCCUUGCUACUCACUAUUCACUAAAUGCAAGGCUUUCUUUGCUUGAAGAACGCCUUGGUAAACUGAUCACAGAUGAACCUUCUGUUGUGGAGGCAUCCCUUGCACAGUAUGGUGAUCUUGUUUAUCCAGAUAGGAGCAGUAUCCUUCACAGGAUUGACACUAUUGAUAGAUGUUUCAGUCACGAAACUGUGGAGGAAAUUAUCGAAGCUUUGGAGAAAGAGGCUGCCGAGUCUUAUGACGAAUGGUGCUCGACUACUCUAAGGAAAAUAAAAGAAGCCUCCCCUUUGAGUUUGAAAGUUAUUUUACGAUCUAUACGUGAAGGUAGAUUUGAAACUCUUGAUAAAUGUCUUGUACGUGAGUACCGCAUGUCCCUACGUGGAAUUUCUAAGCAUGUCUCCUCUGACUUUUUCGAAGGUGUUCGAGCACGAAUGGUUGAUAAAGAUUUUGCACCCAAGUGGGAUCCACCUAGCUUAAAAGAAGUACCAGAGGACAUGGUUGAAUACUAUUUCUCUCCAUUAAGCGAAGUUCAGUCUGAACUAGUGCUGCCAACAGCUUUGCGAGAACCUUACAUGUGAAAAUAGCAUACCUUUAAGCAAUGCUCAUCACUAGCAAGGGUAAAACAAAUAAGUUCUAAUUUUGUUCUUAAACUCCAUUAGAAGUAUUUAACAUAGAACAUAUUUUUGUUGUAUUGGCAUAAAAGUGUAGAAUUCGCAUUUUUAUUUUUGGUAGGGUCGGCCGAAUUAUUUUCAUGAAAAUGUAUAUCAUUCAAUUUUCUUACUCA